UAUAAAAAGAAAGGCUUGCUUCUCUGUUUCUUUCUUAGGUUUUUUUGGUUUGUUUCUCAUCUUUGAGAAUCAAAGAUGGGUCUAAUAAGUUUAGUGGUUUCUGAUCUGGCACUCUCGUUCAUGUGGAUAUGGUCAGGAGUUCUUGUCAACAUCUUAGUCUUCGGUGUACUUGGAUUUAGCCGCAAGGAUACGACCGGCGAGAUCGUCGGAUAUAUAUUCUCUGCCAUCUCCAUGUUCGUCUUCGCUUUUCUUCAGAAACUCACUAGAGGCGGACAUUAUAAUCCUGUGGCCGCUUUGGCUUCUGGAUUCUCUGGUGGCUUCCGCAGUUUCAUCUUCACCGUCGUGGUUCGAAUCCCCACUGAGGUGAUAGGAUCAAUCCUUGCGGUUAAGAAUAUCAUUCACAUUUUCCCUGAGAUUGGGGAAGGACCAAAACUAAACGUAGUAAUACAUCACGGCGCUUUAACCGAGGGGAUACUAACAUUUUUCAUACUACUGAUCUCACUGGGACUAGCAAGAAAGAUCCCUGGAAGUUUCUUCAUGAAGACUUGGAUUAGUAGUAUUGCCAAGUUAACUCUCCAUGUUCUUGGAGCUGAUCUAACCGGAGGCUGCAUGAAUCCAGCAGCGGUUAUGGGAUGGGCUUAUGCACGCGGUGAACAUAUAACAAAAGAGCAUUUACUUGUGUAUUGGCUUGGACCUGUUGUGGCUACGUUGCUAGCUGUUUGGUUCUUCAAUAUUGUGUUUAAGCCUCUGACCCAAGAACAAGAGAAACCCAAGGCUAAAUCUGAAUGAGUAAUGAGUUUUAGCUCUCAUAUUUAUUCAGCGGAUUAAUUCUUAUUAAAUUUCAUUAUGUAUUUUUUAAUGUAGCAUACUCAACUGGCGAAUCCAUUGUGCAUUGUGAUUGAUACAUGCAGGGUAAUAC